AUUAGAAGCAAGGACUACAGUCGCGGAAUAGUACUAUAGGUAGAUGGAUUUUGAAGUGAAAAGUCGAGGAAAUUUCACUAUGUCAGCUUUGGAAAAGCAAAGAUUAGAAGACAAGAGUGGCAUUAUAGAAAAACUUAAGAAGCACAACACACAAUCCAUAAGCUACUGUGUCAAAGAUGCCAUUCUUUACUUUUUACUUGAAAAUUAUGAUUGCAUGAAAAAACCGACUCCAAAAAAAUGCCUAAAUUACGAAUUUUACUAGCGUCAAAAAUUAAGUUCAAAUAAAUUCAAAUCGAUUCGCUUGACACGAUGACUCGUUCAAUUUGUUACGUUGUAAACAAAAUUUCAAGGGCCGCCAAACGUAUGAGCUCGAGGUAUUCAUGAGAUUUGAAAGGACAACAGUAGAAAAAGAGUAGUACGGAUCGAUAGACGGUAUAAUUUUAAAGCGUAAAGUCGAGAGAUUUUUACAAUGGCAGAUUCAGAAGGGUAUCCAUGCAAAAGUUGUCGUCAAGUCUUUUCAAGUGAGAGAGAACUGGGAUAUCACUUAGAAAUUCAUUCAGGUACAUUAACUUGUCGGUUAGGUUGUCAUCGAAAUUUUUCAAGUGCAACAGAAAUGGAAAAACACUUAAAAUUAGUUCAUUUCGAUAUACGGACGUGUGAUGAGUGUGGAAAGGAUUUCUAUAAAGAACUAGAUUGGGUUGUUCAUAUAACGAAAGUCCACCUAACGAUGAAAAAUUGCACGAACAAGGACCACAUAGAAGCCCAUCUUCCCAAAAAUGUCUUGUCCAACAACCACGCGACGGUUCAUGAAAUAAUCAUAAAUCUUACAUGCGAAUAUUGCGACAAGAAUUUCAACACAAUAGAUGACUUGAAAAAGCACAAAGAUGUCGUGCAUUUAAAAAUAAAAAGUUACGAAUGCGUCGAAUGUAAAAAAACUUUCAGUAGCAAAAAAAACUUGCAUGAUCACACUACCGCUAUGCAUACAAAAGAAAAAAAAUUCAAAUGCGAAAAGUGUCAAAAGUGUUUUGUAUACCAGAGUUAUUUGGCGAAGCACGUUAAAACGCAUAUUGCCCGGGAUCAGAGAUUGAAAUAUAAAUGCGAAGAGUGCAAUACGAGAUUUAUAUCAACAGAUAAUUUGAAGAGGCACUUGGAAAAGCAGCAUUCGAGUGUCCAAGAAUACAUUUGCCAGAAACCCAAAGUACCGAUGCAAAGAAUGUGAAAGGGUUUUUGACAAGAAAUCUAAAUUAUCUACACACGUGAGGGAAAACCAUAAAGAAACUAAGAGAUCGAAAUAAAAACUUGACGGCAACUUCGGAUGAAAACCCAGUGACAUAUUUAAUUUAAUGACAAGCAAUGGAAGAUGCGCGAGAAUGGUGUGCUUGUUUCGAUGAUAAGUGUUGUAACUCCUUUGACUACUAAUUGAAAAGUUUUAAAAUCAGGAAAAUUAAGACCCCGUGAUCUAAUGGAAAAAAUGUAUCCCAUUGCCGUUCGUGAAUGCUAAACUAAUUUAUUUUGCUCAUAUUUUCUUUGUAUUGUUUCAUAUUUUUUUCCAAACACUCAUGAUACAACAAUCCUUACUGGGAUAUUGCUAUAUGCCAAUUUCUUCAAUAUUACAAAUUUUAUUUUGUAAAUAAAUACUACAGAAUAAAAAAUAGAAC